AAACCCAAAGUAACACGCCCCGUUCACGUGACCACCUCGUGACAUGCUAAUGUACGCCGGCUGCCCAUUGCGACGCCAAUGAGAACUCAUCACAUAAGAGCUUCUCAGGCACGAGGAAAUAAAAAACAAUAUGACGUGGAGGAACGGAUGGUGUAAAGGUUAACACCGUAGGCUCCACGAGCGCAACCUAUCGGCUACCCCCCUGUUUUCUUUACAUAGAGGCGUCCCACUCGAUCUCGAACUCAUUCAGCCUUUGUAACAUACACAGGAAACAUUAUAAGGGCUUCAUGGUGGUAUUUUGUUACAGUUUAGUGUUUCUACAAUUGCGCCUCGAACGUUUCAUCAACCUCUUUGCCAUUGUCCAAAUCGUAUGAGAACCACGUCGAAGACUCCAAAAAUAUUCCACGCUCUCUUUUUUUUUUCUCGCCUACCUAACGGAAGCAGAGCCAAUAGAAGAAAAUUGUCGAACCCCAUCCAUUACUAUCAUUUUGUGGGGACGAUUUUUCUUCGUGAUUGCCGUGGUUUCUCGUCCAUAACGGUGUUAAAACUCAUGAUUUGUGGCCUGUUGUUGACAUGCAUCAUGUGGGUACGUGAAUAAGGAGGUGUUUAUGUUUGUUUUGUGCGUGUGUGGGGUCAGAGGACGAAGAAGAAGAAGAUGAUGAUGGCAAGCCAGACGGUGAAGGUACAGAGGGAAAAAAUCGCCGUAUGCAUGAACUGUCCUUUAUGCAAUAAGCUCUUCGAAGACGCCACCACCAUAUCUGAGUGCCUUCACACCUUUUGCAGGAAUUGCAUAUACGAGAAGUUAACAGAUGAGGAGUUGAAUCACUGCCCCGUGUGCAAUAUAGAUUUAGGUUGUGCUCCACUGGAGAAAUUAAGGGCAGACCACACUUUGCAAGGCUUAAGGGCUAAAGUCUUCCUUUUGGAGAAAAAAGCUGAUUCACCUGAGUUGAUGCCCUCAGUUCCAUGUUCAGGAAAAAGGAAGGAGAGAUCUCUCUCUUCGUUGGGGUUCAGCAUACCUAGACUAUCAGCCCGGCCUGGUCUGAUUGGAAGAAGAUUAAAAUCUGCUGCAAGAAAGUCUCUUGUUCUACAAGAAUCUACUCUUUUUGUUGAUGAGCCUGUUAGGAAGGAGGAAGACGAUAAGAAAGUGGGAAAUCGCCAUAAUCCUUCUAAUGCUGAGCCAUCUAAGCAAAACAUGUCUAAUAAAGGUAUAGACGACUAUCCUGAACCAUGUGAAGGGAAAACGGAUUUGUGGAAACCCAUCAAUUGCCUGGUGGAAGCUGCAAACAAAACGAAAUCUAUUAAAUUUACCUUACAUGGUACAUUGGCCAAACCCGCACUGCCUGAUGCUCACGACAAUGAAUCAGAUGUGCCUAAAGCCAAAAGAAAGAGACUUGGUCAUAAAUCAAAAGGCCAUGGUGAUGGAAAUGACCCGUCUUCUGUACCAUCAGGAUCAAUGAAACCUAGAAAGUUCCAAGGUUCUCGACAAAGAAGAGCUGCUGCCUCUAAGGGGUUGAAUAUUACAGGACAAGCUCUUGAUGUGAAUAGCAAGCAUGACAGAAGAUUUAGUCCAAUCUGGUUCGCAUUAGUUGCUUCUAAUGAUAAGGAGGGAGAUGCACCCCUGCCACAGAUAUCCUCAUGCUACUUGCGGGUUAAGGAUGGUAGUUUACCCGUUUCAUUUAUCAAAAAGUAUCUUGUGAAAAAACUGGAUCUUGAUAGUGAGGCUGAGGUGGAGAUCUUGUUGCGUGGUCAGCCACUGAUUUCUACACAGCAACUUCACAACUUGGUAGACUUGUGGUUGCAGACAAAACCAAUAUCAGAAAGAAUAUCGACAUCUGUGGGCAGCUCAGCCAAGGAUUUUGUGAUGGUUCUGUCUUAUGUUCGAAAGACAGCCACAUGAAUAUGCUUCAAUGACGUUUUUAGUUUGAGGCACCACUUUGAGGCAGCAUGAGUAGUCUUCCCGGCAUAUAUACAUGCAUUGGCGUGGAAAAUCGUAAAUUUCUUCUGUUUUAUUAAGACCACGCAUGGAUGCAUAUAUGUGCUAUAUAUACAUGGCGCCAUGUGUCGUGGACAUUUCAGGGUUUAUCUAAUUCCUUGAUAAAACUUGCUUCUACUGAAAUGAAGUAUUAUGGAAUGGGAUGCUUUUUUUUUUUUUU